AUGUGUGAUAUUUUGGAAUUUGAUGAUAGUUACUUUUCUUGCUCUUCUUCUGGUUCUUCCGAUAAGACCUAUAAAAGCGCCUUAAGCGAUGAUUCCACUCAUUUACAUGAUCAACUAGUAGCCGUAUUCUGUAAUUAUAGUAAAAAUCUUAAUAUAGUCCAUAUUAACGCUCAAAGCAUUCAUGCUCAUUACGCUGACCUUUUAUCAACCUUUGAUUCUAAAUAUGUUGAUGCCAUACUUGUUUCUGAAACUUUUCUAAAACCUGCACUUCCGUCGGUACAGUAUUGUCUCCCUGGUUUUCAACUUAUACGCAAUGACAGGGUCGGCAAAGGUUAUGGUGGAGUGGCAAUCUAUUUGAGAGCUGACAUUCCCUAUAAAAUAGUUGAUCAUUCACCCAAUAUUUACUCAAAUUUUGCUGAACAUUUAUUUAUUGAAAUUACUGUUAAUCAUUCUAGGACUUUGCUUGGGGUCUAUUAUCCCCCCUCUCGCAAUAUAAAUUAUUUUUCUUCUCUGGAAGAAAAACUUGUGAAUCUUACUCCGCUUUAUGAUAAUACCAUUAUUUUAGGUGACUUUAACACAUGCCUGUUAAAGAAUGAUUUUCGUAGCAAAAAAUUGCUCUCCCUGGUAUCAUCUUUUAAUUUACAUAUUCUUCCUCUUUCUGCUACUCACCAUUCGCCUAAUAGUAGCCCUUCUCUUUUAGACCUUAUUCUUGUAUCUGAUGCUGACCGGGUUGCUUCGCAUGGUCAACUAUCUGCGUCUUUCUCUUACCACGAUCUUAUCUUCCUCUCCUAUAAAAUUCAACGUCCUAGGCGCAAAUCGAAAUUAUUAUUCCUAAGAAGCUUUAAAUCAAUUAACCUGGAGCGUUUGAGAGAUGAUGUAAAUAAUAUUGACUGGUCCCCUGUUCUAAAUUCCGAAAAUGUUAAUGAUAAGGUUUAUGCUUUUAAUCACCUCAUUUUAAAACUCUUCGAUACACAUGCACCACUUAAGCGAGUCAGGGUUAAACACUUUCCAGCCCCCUGGCUUUCAGAGUCUAUAAAAGCAAUAAUGUCCAAAAGAGAUAAAGCUAAGAGGCGAUAUAAGAAGCACCCUACUAAUGAAAAUUUAUUCACUUAUAAAAAACUACGUAAUCGCUGUAGUAAGAUGUGUCGUGAUGCUAAGAGGAGACAUAUCUAUGAUGAGGUUGAAAAUUCUCAUUCCGCUCAGAUGUGGAAAUUUCUUAGAACUCUGGGUAUAGGCAAAUCAUAUAAUGAUCCUAAUAUCUCGUUUGAUUUGACUGCACUCAACCGGCACUUUUCUGAGCCUCCGAUUUCUAUUGAUGACUCUAUUAAGUCUGUGACACUUAAUCUUCUCUCCAAUAUUCCUAAGCCGCUGUGUUCUCCUUUUAAUUUCAGUAAAGUUACUGAUGGUGAAAUAAAAAAAUGCCUUUUAUCUAUUUCCACUAAAGCUAUUGGCUAUGACAAUCUUUGUAUACAAAUGAUUAAACCUAUCACUAAUGAACUUGUCCCUAUUAUUACUCACAUUAUCUCUACGUCGCUUGAGACGAGCUCCUUUCCAACUUGCUGGAAAAAGGCAUUCAUCAUUCCCCUUCCAAAAACUUCUAAUCCUACAUCUUUAUCCCAAUUUCGCCCUAUUUCUAUUCUUCCGAUCUUAUCUAAAGUACUAGAAAAUAUAGUUCAGAGGCAACUAUCUCAUUUCCUAACUGUUCACAGCCUGCUGUGCCCUUUUCAAUCUGGUUUUCGUCCAGGCCAUAGCACAGUCAGCGCUCUGAUUAAAGUGUCUGAUGACAUUCGCUGGGCCAUGGACAAAAAAUUUCUCACUGUUCUAACAUUAUUGGACUUCAGCAGUGCAUUUAAUUCCGUUGAUUAUGACAUACUUCUUGGUAUUCUUUCGUCCUUAAACAUUUCACCAUCAGUAAUCUCUUGGUUUAAUUCUUACCUUAGGGGUCGCUCGCAGUGUGUACGCCAUGAGGAGGAUUUCUCCGAGUGGUGUGAUCUUACGGCGGGUGUUCCUCAGGGUGGUGUUCUUUCCCCACUUCUCUUCUCUAUUUUUAUCAACGCUCUCACUACUGUUCUCACCUCUCAUUAUCAUCUCUAUGCUGACGACUUGCAAUUAUACCGUCAUUUCAAAGUCCAAGAUAUAGAUGAGGCUAUUAAUAAGCUGAAUGCUGACUUAAGUAGCAUAAGCAGUUGGGCGAAAUCGUUUGGUCUUCUUGUUAAUCCUGCUAAAUCCCAAGUAAUGAUUAUCGGCAGCUCAUAUAUGCUUAAUUUAUUAGAUCGUUCGAAGAUCCCUGCAGUAACGUAUGAUAAUACUCAAAUUCUAUAUACAGAGACUGCUAAGAACUUAGGUGUUAUUUUUGAUAAUAAUUUGUCUUGGGUUGCUCAUAUUAAUAUGAUUAGCAGAAAAGUGAACUAUUCUUUUCAAUCUCUCAAGCGCCUCCAGAUGUUUUUACCGGUAAAAACUAAGAUAACCUUAGCUCAAGCACUUCUUCUUCCUCUCAUUGACUACGCUGAUGUUAGUUUUUUGGAUGCUUCAGAGGAGCUGUUGAACAAACUGGAACGUGUUCAAAAUUUGUGUAUACGUUUUAUUUUUGGUCUUCGUAAGUUUGAUCAUGUUUCUGAGUACAGGGCUCAAUUAAAAUGGCUUCCUAUCCGUAGACGUCGAGACUUACAUGUGUUAUCAUUUCUUUACUUUCUACUCUUUAAUCCUCUUGCACCUCCAUAUCUCCGCGAGCGUUUUGAGUAUCUUGUACCUCGUGAAACUCAGUGCCGGACCACUAAACAGCUGCUUCUCAGAACUCCUUCUCAUUUCACAAGCCGAUGUGGUGGAUCCUUUACUGUAAGGGCGGUCAAGCUAUGGAACUCACUUCCACAUGACAUACGUGCUAGCUCUUCUCUUGAUACAUUUCGGAGCAGAGUAAAGAAAUAUUAUCUAUCAACUUAG